AUCGACGUGUUCAGACAUUUGCUCAUAUGAGACACAUAUCGACGUGUUCAGACAUUUGCUCAUCUAAGACAUCAGGGUCGCACCUAUCUUGCAGCCCCACAACGACGCCAACAACCACACAUAUUCGGUCUCGCUCUCGCUCUGCGCCCCUAACCAACUAAAUAAGCUUUCCAGAUCGACCAAAGCAUCCAAACAAACUACAGCUCGAGGCUUGGCAAGGAUUGAUCAAACACCAUGCCAUUCGGCUUCGGCAAGAAGAAGCCUGUUGGCGUUAAUACGGCGACCGAAGACACAGAUGCCACAAUACAGGCAGAUCAAGCAUCAAACAGCUCGGCUGUUGGUGCUUCAUCCGCGCCACAAGCAAACCAUGAUACAAUCGCCAAGACCGUAUCGAAAGCGUCGACAAUGCACGAAUACCCGAAGGGCCUCAAGCUUGCCGCGCUGAUGCUUUCCAUUUUCAUCAGCAUGUUCUUGGUUGCACUUGAUAGAUUGAUCAUUUCGACGGCAAUUCCUCAAAUCACGGACGACUUCAAAUCUCUGCAAGAUGUGGGUUGGUAUGGUUCGGCGUACUUGCUCACGACAGCUUCUUUCCAGUUGAUGUUCGGAAAGUUAUACACGUUCUUUUCCAUAAAGACUUUCUUCAUGGGCGCAGUGCUGCUCUUCGAGGUUGGAUCUGCUAUCUGUGGAGCUGCCCCGAGCUCGACUGUGUUUAUUGUUGGACGUGCAAUCGCCGGCGUGGGAGCCGCUGGUAUCUUCUCUGGUGUCAUCAUCAUUAUUGUCUACGCUGUCCCCCUUCACAAGCGACCACUAUACCAAGGCCUUUUCGGCGCCAUCUUUGGCCUGGCAUCAGUUAUCGGACCUCUCGUGGGCGGAGCUUUCACGUCUAAUGUAACAUGGAGAUGGUGUUUUUAUAUCAACCUGCCCUUCGGUGGUGUCGCCCUCGCUGUUAUCUUUUUUACGCUCCAGGUCCCAGACAGAGAUACAACCAACCUGCCUUUGAAGGAAAAGCUAGCGCAACUCGAUGCAGUUGGAACGAUCUUACUUAUCCCGGGAGUCGUCUGCCUUUUGUUGGCUCUCCAAUGGGGUGGGUUGAACUACGCCUGGAGCAAUGGCCGCAUCAUAGCGCUUUUGACGCUUGGGAUUGCCCUGUUGAUAGGUUUUUGUAUCGUGCAGGUUUACAUGCCGAAGACUGCAACACUUCCACCGCGAAUAUUCAAGCAACGCAGUAUCUUGGCUGGUGCGUGGGUGACUCUAUGCAUCGGUUCGCAGAUGAUGAUAUUCGUGUAUUUCUUGCCUAUCUGGUUCCAAGCUAUUAAAGGGGUUUCGGCCGUCGACUCUGGCAUUCGCCUAUUGCCAUUGACAUUGGCGAUGGUUGUUGCGUCCAUGUCAACCGGCAUCCUCACUUCGAAGACUGGUUACUACACGCCUUUCAUGAUUGUCGGUACUUGUAUCAUGUCAAUCGGUGCUGGACUUCUUAACACACUCCAAGUUGACACGGAAACGGGGAAAUGGAUCGGGUAUCAGAUUCUCUACGGUUUUGGUAUGGGAAUGUCGUUCCAAGCCCCAAACUUGGCAGCUCAAACCGUCCUUCCCACCAGGGAUGUGCCCAUCGGAACCUCCCUCAUGUUCUUCACUCAACUACUAGGAGGAGCUAUCUUCAUUUCGGUUGGCGAAAACGUGCUCAAUACUCAGCUUGUCGAGCGCUUGAGCAGUUUGCCCAACUUCAACGUUGGCCUUGUCAUCAACAACGGCGCUACAACUUUGGCCGACUCUGUCCCUGCAAGCCUGCUUGACACAGUACUGUAUGACUACAACGAGGCACUGCGUAAGUGCUUCCAGAUCGGCCUCGUCUUGUCCUGCAUUACCAUUAUUGGAGCAGUGUUUAUGGAGUUUAGGAGUGUGAAGCAGAAUAAGCCCAAGAAAAUUGCGGAUGCCGAAGCAGGUACCGCGAGCAGCGAAAAAGAUGAUCAGGAUGAUGGAGCCAUGUCCGGCGCUAAGACCGCUGAUGUGGCCGUGGACGGUGUGCAAAGGGAGACUGCCUUUGCCGCACAGCCGGUGCCUGUUCGUACAACAAAAGAGAGUGCUUAAAUUGUGAUACCCCAAUACGUCGAGCGUGUAUUUUAGUUGAUUGCGGCAUUUGUAUUGCACGGGCGUUGGUGGAAAAUCUCAUCUCUAUGUAAGAGACAUAGACAGAUGCGUGCGUAGCUAAGUUAAAUAGCAAACAUUCCACUCUGGAAAGCCAAAAUAAUAAUAAUACUCGAUAACAUCACGAAGUUGACCGUGACCUACCGUUUUUCAUGCCUCAUCGACAACGAUUGAAAACCUCAACCCCGUCCCCAGGUCUUGUUCCAGAUGAUUGCUUCAGGUCAAGGUGAAUCACAAUUAAUUAGGAACGAAGAGUCUACGUACCUG